AUGGACCAACUUAUAGGUGUUGUAAUAUUCUCCAAAAUUGAUCUAAAGUCGGGAUAUUAUCAAAUUCGGGUGAAGGAAGAAGAUAUACCCAAGACAGCAUUUAGAACGCGAUAUGGACAUUAUGAGUAUUUGGUGAUGCCCUUCGGUGUUACCAAUGCACCAGCAAUUUUCAUGGAUUAUAUGAAUCGUAUCUUUCAUCCAUUCUUAGACAAAUUUGUCGUGGUUUUCAUCGAUGAUAUCCUUAUAUACUCCAAGAGCAAGCCAGAACAUGAAAACCAUUUGGGCCUAGUGUUGCAAGUAUUGAAAGAGAAACAAUUGUACGCCAAUUUGGAAAAGUGUGAGUUCUGGUUGGAGGAGGUGAAGUUCUUAGGCCAUGUAAUCUCCAAAGAAGGUAUUGUAGUCGACCCAUCCAAGGUUGAAGUUGUAGUUUCUUGGGAACGACCAAAAACAGCCACUGAAAUUAGAAGCUUUGUUGGACUGGCAGGAUACUACCGAAGAUUCAUCGAAGGAUUCGCAAAGAUUGUAGCACCGCUGACACAACUCACUCGAAAGAACCAUAUUUUUGCAUGGACGGAGCAAUGUGAGAAGAGUUUCCAACUAAUGAAGGAGAAACUGACCGCAUCACCAGUCUUAGUACUUCCAUAA